AUGACCAGCACUGUAAAGAAAGAGAAAAAAUGGUUCAAACCCAUGUUUGAUUUUGAUGAUGAAGAAAAACCAUCGAAGAAAAUAAAAACUGAUAUGCAAAUACAGAAGAAACAUGAAAAUAAUGAACAAGUUGUGAAUGAGGUUUCAGAGACUAAUUCUGGUGGAAAAGAAUUCAUUAUAAAGGACCAUAAACACUGGAUGAAAACAUUUGAACCAGUACAUGUUGAAGAUUUAGCUGUGCACAAUAAAAAGGUACAAGAAGUAGAAGAUUGGAUUAAAACAGUGAGCAGUAACAAUAAUAGUGAUAUGUUACUCAUGACUGGGCCGGUUGGCUGCGGGAAAACUAUAACAUUGCAAGUAUUAGCCAAAAAGUAUGGUGUUAGAAUCACUGAAUGGAUAACUCCUGUGGAUAUUGAUAUUCCUAGUGAAAAUGGUGAAUAUGAAUUCAAACAAAGGCAGUCUGUCCGAUUUCUAGACUUCUUACUAAAUGCAGCCAAUUUCACAUCUUUGUUAGAUGGUAAUAGUAAAAAAUUGGUUUUGGUAGAGGACUUCCCAAAUACUUUUAUGAGAACACCAUCAGAAUUCACAGAAGUUUUACAGCAAUAUCAGCAAAGGGCAAGGUCACCAAUAGUAUUCAUAUGCUCAGAAUCUCACACAGAUAAUAAGAAUUCAGCUUCAAAUAUCUUUACACCAAGUCUGAAAGAGCAGUUCAACAUACAUCAUAUUAGUUUCAACAGCGUAGCCCCAACAAAUUUAAGGGCAGCAUUAAAACGGGUUGCUAGUAUAAUUAGUAAGAAGCACACAGCAGUGUAUAACUGCCCAACAACAGAUGUGAUUGAAUGUGUUGUUAACUCUUCCGCUGGAGACGUGAGGUCAGCUGUAUUGAACUUGCAUUUUGCAUGUUUGAAAGGAGGAUCAAAGCAAAACAUGGACACAAGUAUAGUGCAUGGAAAAGAAUCAAAAAGUAAAACGACAAGAAAGAAAAAGACCAGUAAAUUUAUGUCUUUAGGAAAAGAUGAAUCCGUUAGCAUUUUACAUGGAGUCGGCAGAGUAUUGAAUCCAAAAGUAAUAGAAACCGACAAUGGUAGCAAAAAGUUCACACAUACUCCUGAAGAUAUAGUAGAACAAUUCAUCAGUCAACCUGUGUCUUUUGUAAAUUUUUUGGAAGAAAAUUAUCUACCUCAUUUUUCAAAUAUUGAUCAUGUAGACAAAGCUGCGUCAGCGCUCAGUGAUUCAGACUUGAUGCUGGCUGAAUGGCGAGAAAAAAUGUGUCAAGAAUAUGGUUUAUAUAAUGCAGUCGCCAGUUUGAUGCUUGCCAACAAAGCUCCUGUCUCUGCUUGGAACCCAGUGAGGGGUCCAAAAAAUAUGAAGAUACAAUAUCCAACUGUAAGAGAACUCCAAUUACUAGAAGAAAACUAUUUGUAUAAAGGAAAAAUAUUAGUUUCCGAUUACCAAACAUAUUGUAAAAUAAUAAGUAAUAAAACUGGUACCUGA